AUGUUCCGUUUAAUAUGGCUCUGUUUCUUGAAUCUCGGAAUAUUUGCACUGGCGAUCUGUGUUCUCGCUGGUUGUCGAAGCCCUGCCGAGAAUAACUAUAGCCUCAUCAACUGGAAUACCAAGAUGUUGACAUUAAUUUGGGGUCAGGAGUGCACAGACGCCACUUCGGAGUUUAUUCCUAAUCUUUACAAGAUGGGCUCUUCAGGGGUCUGCAGAGUCUUUGAUAGCGAAGUUACCUGCAGCGGCCACUUCCCACCAGACCUUAACCUGGCGCAAGCUGUCCUCGAGGACAUCGAUAAAUUCAACUCGACCGACCCUGUAAUUCAGACGUGUCGGGAGACAAUUGACAAACCAAUUAAUCAUUCAACUGCAAAGAAGAUCGGGAUUGCCCUGGCCUGUGUCAUAUUCCUCUCAAUGCUGCUCGGCAUCAUCUCCACACUUGUUGCUGUUAAGACUGACGAGCCUUGGGGUUGGGGAACAAGUCCUAUCCUUGUCUUUGACGCGAUAACUAUAUUUGUUGCCCUCGUUCUGCUCGUCGCCAUCAUGAACUACGAGGGUGGUGGAUAUCUGAAACAUGUCCAUGCAAGGGAAUACUCGGAUAAGGAGAUGAUCGGGAUUGGGCUCUGGUUGUUACUUGGGAUGUUCAUUGCACGCAUGCUAUCCAAUCCUUGGGUCCUUGCGGGGGUAGUCACAAUCCUUGUUCCAAUCUUUCUGGCCGUUGGCUUUGUUUUGAUCCGUUUCCGUGGGUUUAUGAUGUUUAUGUAA